CAGAACAGAGUCGGAUGGAUCUGCAAGCAACUGGACUAUAGAGGGCAAAACAGAGAAAUACUUCAACAUGGUGCAUCUGGAAAUUAUAGUUGCGCUGACCUGGACAUUGUUCGUUCCUAUAACCAACAGCAAAAAAACUUAUGGCGACAUGUUUCCUCACAAACACAAGCCUCCUAUUCCAUUUCCGAUCCCUGGAUGGGACCCUGACAGCAAGCCAUGGGACGAAUCUCUGUAUCCUGCUUUCAAACAAGAGCUGACGCGCAAACAUGGUAAAAUUCCCCGAGUGCGUCUCACGAGCGACAGUCCUGCGAUGAACGGCUCGUGCGUCUCAUUCACUGCAGCGCUGGAGUUCCCGCCGUGCCAGAAAGAGGACGCUGACGGCAACCUGGUGCAUGACGAACACUGUGACGACGUUUUGACGGAGGCGUCAGCCAAUGGAGAGCUGCGCUCAGGGUAUGUUGGAUGGUUGGAUGACUAUGGCUUUGGAAAGUGUACAGAUUUGAAAAGAUGUAAUGUUUUUCCCGAUGGAAAGCCCUUUCCUCGAACCAGCGACUGGAGACAUAAAGGUUAUGUGUAUGUUUGGCACACUAUGGGCCAGUAUUUUGAGACAUGUGAUGGCUCCUCUUCUCAUCUCACUCUGAACACCACCAACAUGACUUUCGGAGCUGGACUGAUGGAGGUGAUGGUGUAUCGCAAACGUGAACGCAGAAAGUACACCCCACUCUCUACUGACAGUACCGUAUACUUCAUUACAGAUAAGAUUCCACUCUCAGUGAGCAUUUCACAAAAAGAAGCAGUAAAAAUACGGGAGAAAAAUGUAUUUGUCAGAGGCUCAGAUUUAAUAUUUAAAGUCCAGAUCCACGAUCCAAGUAACUACCUAAAAACAGCUGAUGCAGUAGACUUUAUUUGGGACUUUCGAGAUGGCAACCAACUGGUCACCCACAGCAACGUGGCGACCCAUGCGUACGACCUGCUUGGAAACGUAACGGUCAAGCUCCUCGUAGAAGCAGCGUUUCGCAUUCACUGCCCACCACCAACUCCCACUGCGAUGCAUUUUACACAGGCUCGCACCACAGCAGUGACUACACCACCACAUGGAACUCAUACAGUCACCAGGAAAAGGGAGACCACCGAGGUUCCCAUUACAACCAACCCUUCGCCAACUACACCUCGAGCUCCCACAAGUGCUGUUCAGACAACAGAAUCAUUCCAAACAGAUGCAGAUGCGACAUCUGCCAAUACAGCAACUCCUGUACCUGAAACCAGCCCAACCCAUAGCCAGCCCAUCUCCCCAUCCAUGAUCAGACACACACACUCGAGGGAGUCCGAGUGUUUCCGAUACAUGUAUGGAUACUUUGAGGGCGAGGUCAUUAUUAUUGAACCUCCUCUAGCUCUAUACAAUGAGUUACCCAAUAAGAUUUUAAAUGUGUCAUCAGCUGAAGUCACCAACACCUCCGUCAACUUUGUGGUGACAUGCUCAGGCAGUGUUCCAUCAGUGGCCUGUACAGUGGUGGCUGACUCCACCUGUAGAGAGAUUAAUAAUAUUCUUUGUGAGGACGCGUCCCCCUCGGGUGAAGGUUGCAAGAUUAGUUUGACACGCAUCUUUCAGACGCCGGGCACGUACUGCGUCAGCAUCACUCUGGGACUUCCAGGUGGCUUGGCUCUUGCUACCACCUCAGUAACCAUUGGCAACCACCUUGACAAAAGCACUCCUAAAUCCUCCCACGUUACUGAGGUAGUUUUAUCUUCAAGUGCUGUGCUUAUUUCCAUCUUUGCCUUCAUUGCUAUUGUGCUCUACAAGAGAUAUAAGGUGUAUCGUCCAGUGAGGUGGUCCAUGUUCGAUGAUGCGGAGAGAAACUCUGGUGUCGAAAGCUGGAGUUUAAGUAAACUGAGAUCUGCUCUGUUUCCAGCCAAUGAAGAGAGAAGCCGUUUGUUGACAGAGAAACCACUUUAGAUUGAGAUGCUAAACUUUUAUUUUAAAGGAUGCCGUCUUUAUAGAUUAUAUGGCUAUAGUAGGAUAUAUGACUUUGGUUUAAGUACUAUUCAAGUUUUACUACUUACUAUUUCAGUUCAAAUACUAUUAAUUACUAAAACUUAACUGUCAAAAAUAUGCAUUCUUUGUAUAAUCAACUGCAUUAUAAAAAUUAACAUUUAUGAGGAACUAAUGAUGUCAUGCAGUUUGCAAGGCAACCGAAGCAAUUUUUCACAACGUUAUUUAAUACCAUCAAAACGUUUUCAUUGUUCAUGUGGGAUUUGAUUUGAUAUUAACCGCAAGAUUAAUUAAAGCAAGUGUCAGAUAACAGCUAUUAUCUUUAAUUUAAUGAAACUUCAUCUUUUAAUAGGAACUCAAUUAGAAUGGAAAAACUAACUUGAAACAAAUCUCUAUUUCUGACAGGUCUAAUAAACAUAUGCACGGUUUUCAGACAGUUAUUAAAUAGCAUUUUGCUUAAAAAAAACUUAUCAGCUCUUUGAAAAUGCUACCUUUCAUGUGAAUGCUGCACAUUUAAU